CAGAAGCACUGCGCCGCUCCGGGCUGUGUAUACUCCCGCCGCUUUUUGCCCGUGGUCAGACGUUUGCCUCCGCCGCCGCCGUGCCGCUAGCUAGAACCGUGUCCGGGCAGUGUAUCACCACUUUUCACUAGUAGUAGGCGGUAGUUGUAGCGCGUACACAGUCAUUAUUAUAUAUCGUAUCGUCGUGUGUUUUCUCGACUUCGACUUUUUUUUUUUUUUUCUCAAUUUUUUUUUUCUCUUGAAUUCUCACGUCGUCGAGUUUUCGAACACCCGGCGCGGCAAUCGCGCACACGCGUUAACUUCGCUGAAGUGUUCGUUUUCGCCGACCGCAAUAUCAUACCGUUUUAUCGUAAAUUUUUCCACCGGGAGUGCAGUUUGCUCGUGACUCGCGCGAACCGACGAAGACACCCCGAAGCGGUUACCGACCCCGACUAAACGUUCCGGACCAAUAUCAACAUCAUUCCGCCGCCGGCCGCAGCCGCCGCCGCCGCAUGUGGAGGUUACACGUGCGGCGGGAUCGGCGGCCGCCGCAGAGCCCACCGGCGGCACGGCGAUAGCUCCGUGGCCGUUGACAAUUACCUACUCGCCGAUCAGUCGAUCCGGACCGCAGCCGACCAUACUAACGCGAUGACCGUCAUCACCGGCACCGCCGGCAGCCUCACCACCGGCAGCACUAGCAGCACCAACAGUACCAGCAGCGCCAGCAGCACCAGUAUCAGCGCCAGCAAAUGGGUGUGGCGACCACGAUGGUGGACGAAGAGCCAUCAGCAUCAUCGUGAUCAUCAUCAAAAUCAUCAACAUCGUCGUCGUUGUUGUCGUCAACGCGAUGGCGGAACCAACGACCGCGGACAGCUGAAGUGGCGCGUCGCACCAUCCACGUUCGCACUGAUGGCCGUCGCCCUGCUCGUAAUGUUGACGACCACCGUCCAGGACGUUCGAGCCCUGGGAUUCUUCGAGCUGCAGAUACUGGAGAUUGAAAACUACCGCGGCCAAUUGGCCACGGGCGAGUGUUGUGGUUCGGGUGGUUCUUCCUUGGUACAGCCUGUUCAGCAACCGCCGUCCUCGGCGGCCUCAGCGGGCAGAUCCAACAUGCCGUCACUACAGUGCACGAAUGCUCCGCAAUGCAACACGUUGUUCCAAGUGUGCUUACGCGAAUACCAAAGUCGACAGCAGCAGCAGCAGCAACCGGUAUCCUUGAUGGCCGCGUCGGCUUUGGUGGCCAGCGGUGGAAGAGUAGACGACGAGCAGUCGGCCAUGGGCUUGAAUCACCAUCAACCCAAUUCGCAACUACACCACUGCUCGUUCGGAAACGUUACCAGCCCAGUGCUGGGUGGCAAUUCGUUCACACUGGGAGGCGACACCGUGGCCUCGGUCGACUCUCCUUCGGACGGCAGCAACAACCGAGGAGCGGCCGGCGGCAAUCUCGCAUUGCCGUUUUCGUUCAGCUGGACCAGAUCGUUUACAUUCAUACUGCAAGCAAUGGACUACAAUAAUUACACGGGCGCGCUAUCCGUUAUCGAAGAAGCCACAUAUUCCGGUAUCCUGUUGCCGGGCAACGAGUGGAAAGCUCUGUCUCACCUGGGCCGCACGGCGCGCAUGGCAUACCGGGUACGUGUACGUUGUGACCGUAACUACUACGGUCAGACAUGCACCAAGCUUUGUAAGCCACGAGACGACCGGUUCGGUCAUUACACGUGCGGCGAUACGGACGGCCGGAAAGAAUGCAUACCCGGCUGGCAGGGCGAGACGUGCGACAAAGCCGUGUGCAAAACCGGAUGCCAUCCCGUACACGGAAAGUGCGAUUAUCCUGGCGGUUGCGAGUGCCGCAAAGGAUGGCAGGGCGAGCUGUGCGAUCAGUGCAUGACGUAUCCUGGAUGUAAGCACGGAUACUGCAACGGUACUUCUUGGCAGUGCAUAUGUGAUGUAAACUGGGGUGGCAUCUUGUGUGAUCAAGAUUUGAACUACUGUGGCACUCAUGAACCGUGCCUGAACGGAGGGACGUGCAAAAGCACGGCUCCGGACCAGUACACGUGCACGUGCCCCGAAGGAUUUGGCGGCGCUAACUGUGACGUGGUGCUGAACCCGUGUGCGACUGAACCGUGUUUCAACGGCGGAACAUGUAGAACCGUUGACGCCGUCAACGUGGCCGGCGGUGGUGUCAACGGCGGUGGUGCCGGAUCCACCGCCAACGGUGCGCCAGCACUAGGUUCCGCCGUCCAACCGCCACCGCUUUUGGUGCCCAAGCAGUUUCAUUGUGAUUGUCGCCCUGGCUGGACGGGUAGCACUUGUAACUCAGAAAUUGACGAAUGUGCUAUACAACCACCACGAUGUCUAAACGGAGGAUCUUGCGUAGACCUGGUAGCCAAUUGGCGGUGUGCGUGUCCGGACGACCGUUGGCGAGGUCGCCGAUGCGAAAUAGAUGUAGACGAAUGCGAACGGCAACACAGGGAACGACAAUCGGUCGUGACGGAGCACCAGUGUGGUCAGAACGCCGUGCCAUGUAGAACGACCGGGGCUGGCGGUAAUUCCGUUGGAUCGAUUGAGUGCGUGUGCCGACGGGGAUGGACGACGGUUGCAAAGGAGAGCAAUAAUAGCACGUUGGUGGCAUCCACUGUCGGAUGCACUGUCAAUGUGGACGAUUGUGCCGGACCGGAUGUGAAAUGUGCCAAUGGAGGUACUUGUUUGGACUUGAUCGGAGGAUACACAUGUUUGUGUCCCGUAGGAUAUACCGGCAAAAGUUGUAGAACGCAAAUUGAUCCUUGUGGUAGCGAUGGUGAAUCUGGUGCUAAUGGUAGCACUAAUCCAUGUAAAAACGGUGGUGAAUGCGUUCCGGCUCGACCACGAUGGCGCAGUGGCGGAAGUGGAUCAUCAACAAAACAACAGCAACAGCAGCAGACGUAUUCAUGCAUAUGUCAGUGGGGUUACACGGGUGAAAAUUGUGAGAUCGACAGAGAUCAUUGUACGCCGAAUCCUUGUCGGAACGGCGGCCAGUGUCUUAACACGCCGGAUGACUAUUACUGUCAGUGCAGCGGCGAUGGCUGGGCUUGGCAUGGCAAAAACUGUACGGAGCCUAGUGAGGCCGGAGUCACUGGAGCCUCGAAGACGACGCCUACGACAGUGACGACGACGAUAAUUAGUACCACGAACACACCGACCACAGCUAGCAUUCGGACACCAUCAACGAGGACAUCACCUCAACCUCCAUCACCGCGUACUUCGACUGUAAUGCCCGUGGUCGCUACACGGCGACCCAGUACCACGGGUCAGGGGACGACCGUAUGGAGACAGCUGGAGCAACAACACGAUGACGGAGAUGACGAAAACAACAAUAAAGGGCCGACAGUAGCGGUGGAAGAACAGCCGGUCGUAAACGGCGGCUUGUGCAGCGGCCGUCACCGUCGCAAACACUGGCUCGCCGAUGACGGUUGUAACGAAUGCAGGUGUUCUAAAUCGGCUACAAGCGACGUCGACGAUAAGGCGGCCGCGGCCACGUCGGCGAUGUCGUGCACGAACCUGUGGUGCGGGCCCACGGCCUAUGACUGUUUGAGCGACGCGACCUGCACCGGCACCAAUCAGGUGUGUGUGCCGAUUGCGAACGACAUUGACGACGAGGAGCUACUAGACGGGGAUUUAGACAAGCGAGAAUACGCCAGCGGCGGCACCACUCCCGCCGUCAAUUCGUUGCUUCUGUGGCGACAGUGCUUGCGACCGCCGUGCGGCGGUACCGGCAGCGGUGUCGACGUUCGUCUCCGGUACGGAUACGAUGAUGACGACGACGAAGUGGACGACGACAACGACGACGACGACGACGACGACGACAGCGCGUACGUCGCCGUGAAGCACCGCACCCGCGGUCAAUGCGUGACCGCGGUGGCGGACGAGGACGGUACGUCGACGACGGUCUGGCCUUCUGCGGUUCGACACUGUUUGCCCAACGACAAGCACCCGUCGCACCAGAAGCACCGCCGUCGUCGAGGCGACGCUUGCGGUCGGCUGCGCGUCACGUUGGACCCGGGACGUCUGAGGGGCGGUACCCGAGUGUCGGCCGUGUGCCACAGCCUGCGGCGCCUGUUGGCUCGAGCUUGGGCGCGCGACGGCGACCAGGACCCGAGCUUGGAGGAAGAAGAGGACCGGAAGAACCGCAUGUACGUCAUGUGCGAAGCGGCUACGGGCGAGGACCGGGACGAAAACGACCGCAGCAGCGGUAUCGCGAACAACAGCCGCGGCCGCCGUAGACGCCGCGUCACCAUCCGAGUGUCCGUGGCCGUCGUCGCAGACAAGCAACCGCACCAGCGACGAGUGACGACGACCACGGUCGCGACGGACGACGGUGACGACGCAGCGUCGGUCGUCGGCCGUGCCGUGCAAACGUUGUACAAACAGCUCAACGGCGGCGCGUCCGCGGGGUCCGCGGCGUCCGGUCACCGCCUGCGUGGAGCCUCCUCCAACGCCGGCGGGGACAGCUACGACGACGCGGCGGCGCUGGCGUUCUUGACGGCCGCCGUGCUGGACGUGACGAUCGGCAGCGGCACGUCCGCGGAAUCCCCAUUGACCACCGUGCCGGCUGGUUCGGCGGGUUCCUCCUCGAACGACGAUUACCGGCAGUACUACUACUAUUGGACGGGUGGCGUGGCUUGCGGCGCGUUGGCCACCGUCCUGGCGGUCGCGGCGUUCCUGUUGCUGCGUUUCCGAGGUGGCGCCCGAAGGAAGAUCGGCGACGAACAAGUGGCGCGGGAUGCCGCAUCGGCAGCCGCUGAUUCGUCGACAGCCGGCGGCGACGGUCUGAUGCUGUCGCUGGUCCGUCGCCAGAACGAGGAGAACCUGAAACGGCUGGUGACCGGCGGCAAUAGGAACAGCAUGCCGGCGGCCGGAGGUGAUUACGGUGGUGGCUGCGGACGGAACAAUCUGUCGGCCGGGUCGUCGUUGAGCUGUUCGCGCGUCAGCAUCGUCCACCCGUUAUGCAACGCCACGGUGGUCGACGACGGAUCAUCCCCGCAACAGCAACGGAAGCUCCACGUGAACGACACCGGUGGCGACGGCAACGACCUGGACGACGACAAGGCCGCUGCAAGGGACAAGGCAAACAUUGCCGUGGCAGGGGACAAGGCAAACGUUUCUGUGGCACCUGUGGCCGCCGUCAGAUCGGUGGCCGUGGCAUUGCCGCGACAGCAACAACGGCCGACCAAUGUGGCGGCACCUCAACCGUUGUUGUUGUGCAAGAAGACACUGAAUGUGGACAACGAUCAACAGCAGCGACGGCAGCUACAGCAGCAGUAUCAGCAGCAGCAGCAGCAGCAACAGCAGCAGCAACAUCAGCAGCAGCAGCAGCAGCAACAUCAGCAGCAGCAGCAGCAGCAGCAACAGCCCAUCCACUAUCAGCAGCAAAUCGCGUCCCAACAGGUUGUACACCAACAGCAGCAAAUCGCAGUACCGCAACAGUACAACCAUCGUAGCCGGGGCGAUAUCCUCAAUCAUCACGUGGCACCGCAUCAACAACAAUAUUUGCACAACCAACAGCAACAACGUUACGCGGAAACGCUUAUGCAUUCAAUAACACCCGUCAACAACAUUAACAACAACAUUAACAGUAACAGUAACAACAACAAUGCGGACGAUGGUGACGAAUCGACGAAACCGCCGUCGCUUACUGUUUUAGUGUAAGAAUAAAAACUAAAAAUCAGAGACUCAUCACAUCCCCGUUCUAUUAUUAUUAUUAUUAUUAUUUUUUUUUUUUGUAUAUUUGUGCGUUGUCGUCUCUCGCCGUCCGUACCGGUUAUUAUAAUCAAAUUAUUUUAACACGUGGCGGUAGCAACAACGUUAGGUAUUAAAUCCUUUAUAUCCCAUAGUACAUAUUAUAUAUAAUUGUAGUCGUGUACUACAAACAAUGCUCGUGUAUAAGAACUUUUAUAUUUUUUUUAUUAUUUUUUUUUUAUUAUUAUUUUAUUAUUAUUAUUAUUAUUAUUAUUAGUAUGUUUAACUUUUUUUUUUUAAAUUUUUAUUCAUACAAUUACUACCGGCGGUACGCUUGCCAUUUACUAUACACGUAUACGUCGCGACAUGUACGCGAGUCGAUGCAUAGCCGAUUAUGUAUUUGCUCUCCUCCCACGCAUGUCGAAUUAUUUACGUCGACUAUACCGUAAGAUUAAUUUUCUACCGAUUAUCAUAAAUAUUAUUAAUAUUUACAUUUACAUAUAUAUAUUUAUGUAUACAUUUUUUUAUACUUAUCAUUGUUUUUUUUUAUUAAUGACAAUAAGAUAUAAUAUUUUUUUCUUCAUGCGGUCCAAUGAUAUCUCAUUACACGUCACGUCACUCAUGUGUACCGUUAUUAAAUAUAUAUGUAUAUAUAUAUACAAUAUAUAUAUUGUAAGAUUUGCAACUAAAAUAAACAAUCAUAUU